AUGGAUUUAAACGAUGAGUAUAAGGUGGAGAAAACUUUGAGCAACUGUCAUGAAGAUAAUAAUGUUGCGGAUGAUCAAUGUCAUCAUGGGGAUUAUAAUGAUGAGGAAAUCUAUGAUCAUGAUCAUGAUGAGGACGAGGUUGAGGAUAAGGAUGAGAAUGAUGAUGAUAAUGAUAAUGAUGACAAUGAUGAUAAUUGGGAUGACGAUGAUGAGGAGGAUGAUGAUAAUGACAAUGAUAAUGAUGACAAUUAUGAUGAUAAUUGGGAUGGUAAUUGGGAUGAUGAUGUUUGUAAUAAACAUCAAUUUGGUUUUAAGGAAAGUUAUUCUGUGCACCCUUUAUCAUACAUGGAAAAAACACACUUAGAGGCAGGUAACAAGAUCAUUCUGCCACUUUGUAGCCUUGGACGAUUGAUGGAUGUAGGGGUGGACUUUCCGAUGCUCUUCAAAAUUGAAAACCCCGAGAGUGGGAAGAACUCCCAUUGUGGCGUGCUAGAGUUUAGUGCUGAAGCAGGGGUGGCGAUAUUGCCUGAGUGGAUGAUGAAGAACAUGUCCUUGGAAGAGGGUAGUAUGAUGAAUCUCGAGAGUGUGACUCUUGAUAGGGCGACUUACAUAAAAUUGCAGCCACAUAGUGUGGAGUUUUUAGACAUUCAAAGCCCUAGAGAUGUUCUUGAGGCCGCGUUUAGUGUAGGGUACUCUUGUUUAACGGUAGGAGACACCAUUGUGGUUAUGCAUGGAGAAAAGAAAUUGUUUGUUGAUAUUGUUGAUGCUAAACCAUCUAAUGCUGUUUGUAUCAUCGAAACUGAUGUCGAAGUUGAUUUUGCCCCUCCGUUGGACUAUAAAGAGCCAGAGAAAUCAGUUCACACUAUGCAGGAAAAACCAGUUUCCAUAGAGGAAGAACUACCAAAAUUUGUGCCUUUUACUGGCAAAGCAAGGCGGUUGAAUGAAACAGAGGAGUUGAGUGUAAAAUUAUCAGAUUUUAGUGAGACUGCUGAUGAUGAAUUAUGUGAAAACAAGAAUAAGCCAAUUUUUGGUGUGGGGAAAAAGCCUACAGAUGAAAAAGAAGAAAUAUCAAACAUUGGGCAGACAUUGAAAUCCUUUACUGGUAAGAGUUACAGAUUGAUGGAUUCAUAG